CCCCAACAUCCGGCACUUACGCGUAAACCCCAUCACGGGUCCCCAACUUGUAUCGAGUGGGUACUGGUAUAGUGCCCGACGCCAUUCGGAAGAUUUCUUACCCCGCUGUUUAGGCUUCCUUUAAUCUACGAACGACAUGCUACGCGAAACGCAGCGAAGAAUUCCACCACUCGAACGCAGCGAUGGAUGUAGCUAGCUUGAUAGCUUGAUUGUUUUGUUUGCAACUGUCUAUCGUGAUGCUGAGAGAGGGGGCUCGGCGAAUCAGCACUGUAGACUCGGGCGUAUACACAGGUCAUUAUUCCCAUCAGGGAACAACAUAAGUCGAUCAUGCUUUCUCUUGACUACUAUUAAAGUUCCGAUUCAAUCCCCCUACUUUCAUCCAAUCCGUUCAUUCGCUUUCUAUCCAUUCAUACAUACUCUUUUCGGUCAAGAUGCGCACCACCGCAGCUCUUUCCCUGUUGUCGCUCUGGUCAGUAGCCGUCGAUGCUUACGCAAACCCCUUGGCUUGCAGUGGUACCUGCACCAAUGCCCAUGACCCAUCUCUCGUCCGCCGCGACGAUGGAACCUACUUCCGCUUCUCAACUGGCGGCAAGGUGGCUAUCCACACUUCUCCCACUCUCCAGGGUCCAUGGACCUACAAGGGCGCCGCUAUACCAGCCGGCUCCAUAAUCAACAAGACCGGCAAAGACGAUCUCUGGGCUCCCGACGUCGUCAAGAUCGGCUCGACAUACUACCUCUACUACUCCGUCUCUGCCUUUGGCGAGAAUGUAUCCGCCAUUGGCGUCGCUACGUCCACCACAAUGGAAGUUGGCUCCUGGACCGACCACGGCACCACGGGCGUCGAGUCCACCACGUCGAACAACUUCAACGCCAUUGACGGCCAGCUCCAGGUCGUAGAUAGCAAGUACUACUUGAACUUCGGCUCUUUCUGGUCCGAUCUGUUCCAGAUCGAGAUGGCGAGCCCGCCGCUCAAGGCCGCAAAAGCUGUGACAUCGGCUACCAACAUCGCCUUCGUGCCUACUUCUCCCCAGGCACAAGAGGCGGCUUUCACGUACAAGAACGGAAGCUACUACUACCUAUUCUUCUCUGUCGGAUCGUGCUGCGGAUACGAUACCAGCAGGCCGGCAGCAGGCAAGGAGUACAAGAUCCAGGUCUGCCGCUCGACGUCGGUGUCUGGUCCCUACGUCGACAAGGCCGGAACAUCCUGCCUCAGCGGUGGCGGCACUACUGUUCUCGAAUCCCACGGCACUGUGUACGGCCCUGGAGGGCAGGGUGUCCUGACUGUCCCCGAACUCGGCCCGGUUCUAUACUACCACUACGUCGACACCACGAUCGGGUACGCCGACGGCCAGAAGCAGUUUGGCGUCAACACAAUGAGCUUCUCGACCGGAUGGCCGGUCGUAUAAGCGUGUGUGCUGGGAAAGUGUCGCGCAUGCUGGGUCUAAAAAAAAGCAAUGCUUCGCUUCAUUUUGUAUAUAGUUUGAGGUGACUCGAUGUCGUCUCACCGUUUUUGUGCAUAAAUACA